AUGGGCUUCUUCGACGUCGGCUCCAUGCGGAGCAAAAAGUCCAACGCGGAGCUUACACAGGAAGCACGCAUGCAGAGGCGCAAGAACGACGAGAUCCUCGCAGCCAACCUCGGCCUCGACUACUCGCAUGGCGGCAGCAGCAAUCGCAGCAACGGCAAGUCGAGUCGUGACCGGCUCCACGACGACUUUGCAACGGGGCACGGCGCCGCCGCAUCGACUGCGGCCAGGGACGCGACAAGACGGAGCAAGCUGGAGAGGAUGAUGGGUGCCGACGUGCCACUGCCCGACUCGCUCUCGGCGCCCAAUGCUGACCAUCGGCGAGGGCAGCAUCAGGCCGACGCGGCAUCCCAGAUCUACGGCUCAAACGGAGGCUCGGCGCUCCACCUGCCCAUGUCCAAGGGAUCCUUUGACGCCAUGAGCCAGCAUUCGUCACACUCCUCCGGCCGCGAGCGUCAGUCGAGCGGAAGAUCGUUUGAUCCGCUCCCCGGCGCUUCAACGACCUUCACCGAGAUGGCCGAGGUUGACUGCCCUGUCUGUCUGGAGCCGCUUUCGUACCGGCUCGCCGGCGAAAAGCCUCACGUUGUGCCCAAUUGCGGCCACGCGCUGCACAACGCUUGCUUCACCGCCGUCUACGGCCCGCCGGAAGCCAUCAUUGCGCAGCAGAAUGCGGCCUUGGGGGCAGGCAACGGUCGCACAAAGGGCGCCGGUCUGGUCCAGCGGACCCCGGCCGCAAACCCGCCAGGCAUGUGCGGUGUAUGCCGUCGAGCCAUCGUGCUCGGCGGUGACGAGGCCACCGCCAAGUCUCAGAAGCUGGCGGGGCUGGGUCCGCACGGGUCGCAGGCCGAUCGGAUGACUCUGAGCUCGGACUCGGCCUCGGUUCGAGCCCUCUCUGAAGCCCACGAGGACGACCCUCUCGAGAGCCAGGCAAAAGGCCGGUCUGCCAACAUCUCGGGACCCAUCACGACCCCGACGAUCCGGGCUAGGCCAGAGUACUCGACCAUCUACAAGAAGGCCGAUCGCAAGGACAACAGCAAGGUCAAUGUGGUCUGCGUGCUCUCGGUCGAGGUGCCAUCGAGAAGGCCGAGCUCUGACGAUGCGGUCGAGUCCGGCCUUGACACGAUCGAGGAUCGCGGCUACGCUGAGGAAGAGUUUGACGAGGAGGACGAGCGCGACUACGAGGGCGAGGACUCGUACUCGGACGACCUCAAGCGCAGCGGCUCCGAGUACGUCCCCAACGACCGCAGGUCGAGCGGUCAGCGCAGCCCGCUGCCGACGUCGUACGCCAACGGCGCCGACGGAAAGCAGGCCGCCAGCCCGGAGCGCUGCAUCUCUCCCGAAAGUCAGGCCGGGUUCUCGUACAGUGCGACGCCGGCAGCGCAGCAGCGGCUCAACGAUCCCAACCUCGCUGUGGUCGAGGACCUCCGCAGUCGCGUGGCCGAUUGGAAGGGUCACUCGCUCGAGCAUUUCGGCGAGCUCGUGCUGCACGACCUUCUCAACGUCCGCCAGGACAGUGUCGUACGCGAGUUCCACGUCUACCUGUUCGAGGGCGCGCUGCUCUGCGUCACCGAGGAGAAGCGAAAGGGUCUCAGCCGGUUCAUUCCUGCGGCACCUCCGGCCGCUCCGGGUGCCACCCCCGACGUUCCUGCCAUGCCCAAACCCGCGCUCAAGCUCAAGGGCCGCAUCUACCUCAAGCACAUCCGCCGCGUCAUCGACUCGUCGGUCGCUGGCGAGCUCAGCAUCAGCAUCACGAUGGACGAGAGCCUGGAUCAGUUUGUCCUCUGCUUCCGCGAUCGCGAGACUCUGUCGGUGUGGAAAGAGCGUCUCAGCCAGAAGGUCGCCGCACAGUCCAAGUCGGCGGCGGCGGCAACUACGGCCAAGGAGGCGGCCAAGCCCGAGGAACCGGCAUCAGCCUUCGACGCCGCCUCGGCCGCUCACUCGGCCGCGAGCCAUGGCAUGCACCCCCUCGACGACCACCAGCGCCUCCGCGGCCUUCCCGCGGCACCCAGCCACGGAGUUUCGAUCUCGCGGGCGAAUAGCGGCGCCGCAUCAAUCAUCAGCGGCAAGACGGGCUCUCACCAAGGCGCCCUCUCUCCGGCCGACUACAGGAACAUGCGACGCUUGUCGAACGUCUCGAGCGUCCAGAGCCACGGCAGCCACCGCAGCCGCACCUCGACAGCUUCGGACACGGUGCCUCGCCACCAGCAGUGGUCCGCCUCGGGCGGGCUCGACCCGAGGAUCCCACCGCCUCCGAUGCUGCCACACACGCCGCUCGACUUGGUGCUCAUGUUCGCCGUGCCUCCGGUCCUGCCCAACAACGCACAGGGCUCGAUCAACUCGUCGGCCGCGCUCAAGCUUCGCCUGGUCCGAUCGACGCUUGACUUUGUUGUCAGCCACAUGGGACCCAAGGACCGCGUCUCGCUCGUGGCCUACUCGGUCGGCUAUGAGGGCGAGGUGAAGCGCACGGCGCUCCUCAACCCGAGGCGCUCGUCGAGCCGACAGAUGCUGGGCGAGUUCAUCCAGUGCAUCGGCAGGCCUUGGGACGGCCACGCCGAGGACCCGUUCCGCGUCGACCUGGACCGGCUGGGCGGAACGAGCGAGCGGACCGAUUCGGUGACGGCGGUCAAUGUCGGGCUGGACAUCGUGCUGCAGCGCAAGCAGAAGAACCCGAUCACGGGCAUGAUUCUCGUCAACGACACGGCCGACGGACCCAAGCGGCACCAGAUGGACCUGGUCAUGGCGCGGGCCGAGGCGGCCAACGUGCCCAUCCACUGCUUCGGCUACGGCAAGACGCACGACCCGUCUUCGCUGUGGCUGAUCUCGAACCACACAAAGGGCUCGUACACGUUUGUGCGCGAGUGGUACCAGCUGCGCGAGUGCCUGGCCGGCUGCAUUGGAUCGAUGAUGUCGAUCGCGCUGACCGACGUCAAGCUGCACGUCAGUGUGCCCCACGACAACCAGUUCCGCGUCCGCAAGAUUGCCGGCAUGCCCGGAGCCAUCAUCUCGUCGUCUGGCAAGGACGUCGACAUCGACAUGGGCGACAUUCGCUUUGGCGACGCGCGCGAGCUGCUGGUGGAGCUCGAGCUCGAUCUCGAGAGCCUGCUGCCGCGCCUCAACGCCAGCAGCAGCAGCAGCCGCAAGCUCUCUGCGCCUCCCAUCGAGCAGGGCAGCGCUACCGACGACUUCAUGCAGCGACUCGGCAUCCAGGGGCUGAGCCUUGCCGACUCGGACGGCGCCGAGGGGUCAUUUGAGCACCUGAUCGACGAGGUCCCUGUCUUUGAGGCCGAUGCCGGUUUCCGCGACCCGACCAACGGCACCAGCACGUCGAGGCUGGCCAACCCGACGAUCCUGACGCUCGAGAUCGACUGCCAGUCGCCGGACCCCGUGUCCUCCGGGCCGCCGGGCCUGGCCGCUGCGAUGGCCGAUCCAACCGUGACGCGGCGGCGGCUCGAGGUGUUGGUGUCGGAGAUGAUUACGCGCUCGCUGCUGCUCAUCUCUCGCUCCAACUACGCCCAGGCGCAGAAGGUGUUCAACGAGACGCGGAGGAUCAUUGAGACGGUGGUGCGGGCAAUCCCGCUGCCCGCCGGCGGCAGCGGCAGCGGCUCGCGGCGGCGGGCGCCGAUGGGCAACUCGCGCUCCGCGGCCAAGCGGCAGCGCGACGCGCUCAACCGCAAGACGAUCGACAGCCUGAUGGCCAUGAUGAAUGACCUCGACACGCUGCUGGAAGGGCUCGAGGCGCAGAACCGGACGACGUUCGAGCGCGACGGGCGCAACUUUGGCGCGCAGCAGGCCAUGAUCCUGCGCGAUCAAAAGGCGUGGACGACGCGGACCGACACCGAGUAUCAAAACUUCCGCGACGACAACGCCGCCGCUUUCGCUGCCUACGGUGCUUCGUACGCCAGCUCGCGGUGA